UCCCUGCAUCCCAUCGUUAGCCACGCCCCCUUUGUGCUUCCGCCGUGUCAUCUUACCUGAGGAGGAAAACGAAGGAGCCGCAGUCUCAUUUGGACUGAAGAAGGGUUGUAAAUAAGGAAAAUACAGUCUGCUUGUCACAGAGGCCUCAGGAAGCUGAAAAUGGAUGUUAGGAAGGUGAAGAAGAUAGUUCUGAGUGUGGAACAGGCAGAAGGAGUUGGUGCUCGAGUCCGCAGAAGCAUUGGCAGACCGGAGCUGAGAAAUCUGGAUCCAUUCCUGAUGUUGGAUGAAUUCAAAGUGAGCAAACCAGCAGGUUUUCCUGAUCACCCCCACAGAGGAUUUGAGACGGUCACAUAUGUUCUGCAGGGGAGCACGGCUCAUGAAGACUUCUGUGGUCAUUCAGGGGUACUGCAGCCUGGGGAUUUACAGUGGAUGACUGCAGGACGGGGAGUGAUGCACGCCGAGAUGCCCGUGUCAGAUGAGCCUGUGGUGGGCUUGCAGCUGUGGGUGAACUUGUCAAAGCGAGAUAAGAUGGUGGAGCCGGCGUACCAGGAGCUGAAAGGGUCAGAAAUCCCUAAACCGAGUACAGGAGGAGUGACGGUGGCUGUGAUAUCUGGAGAAGCUUUAGGAGCCAAGUCCAAGGUCUACACAAGGACGCCAACCAUGUACCUGGACUUCACAUUGAAGCCGGGGGCCGUGCACGUGCAGCCAGUCCCUUUGGGAUGGACUGCAUUCAUCUACACCCUCACAGGAACCCUUCAUGUUGGCCCCGAUCAGAAGCAGGAACAGGUGGAGCCGCAUCACACUGUGGUGUUCACAGAUGGAGACUGCGUCAAGCUUGAAAACAAGGGUUCUGAAGAUUCCCACUUUGUGCUGAUUGCUGGAGAACCCAUCAAGGAGCCUGUAGUUCAGCACGGUCCGUUUGUAAUGACUUCAAAGGAGGAGAUCUCCCAGGCGAUGACGGACUACCGCGCCGGGACCAAUGGCUUUGAAAGGGCUUUGAACUGGAGGUCAAAAAUAGGAAGUUCUUUAUGAACAUUUUAAGGUCAAAAAUGUUAUUCAUCUUCAUUUUAAUGAUCACAAAAAUCUUUGUUUGGUUUGCGUUUUUUUUACAUGAAAUAUUAACUAAAAUAUGGGUAAUUUUGAUUGAAAGUUUGGUUUGUUAAAGGUGAAGCAUGUAGUGAGUUCCAAUCUUUUAUUUAUUAGUUUUAGUGUUUUAUUGAUCUUCCAUCAUCAUUUUCCUGUUUGGCUUUAAAUAUACAGUUUUCUUUUUUGCAGAUUAUUUCCUUCCUCUGUGCUGCUUCAAUGAUCAACCCGGUUGAUUAUGAUCACUCUAAUCAUUGUUUGGUAAUUAUUCUUGGGGUUUAUUUAUUUAUAUUUUGCUUUUAUUUAAGUUUUCCAUAAGCUAAGGGUAAAAAAAAAUUAUUGACAAAGCACUGAUGCUGCACUCUGGUGGCUGUAGCUAUACUCAUAUAACUAAUGGACAGUACUCAAAACAAAGAAAAGCCUUUUUUCAUAAACCUUUUGACUCUUCAGUGUACCAGGUUUCAUAUUGUUUUGGGUCCUAAAUAAAAGCUGGAAGUAGAGUUUUCUGUCGAGAGGUAUUUUUAGAACUUAAAAAAAUAACCAUAGCAACAGAGGAGUGAUGUUUCUACACAGACAGAUGCCUCCGAGAUGUCUAUUUUAUAUAAAUAUGUAUACACACCUUUUCUAUAUAUGACAAUCACUUUGCACUGCUUUAUUUAAAUAAAAUUGUCAUUUGUUUUGGG